GCUUGACCGCGGCGGCAGCCGCUUAUCUAGGGCCGGGCGCCGGGCUCCAGAGCGCGGGAAAAACCUGGAAUGCGGAUUGGGGGCAGAAACCCACGGCGAGGACACGCACUAUGUCCCUGUAUUUUAUACGCUGCGUGUGAAAUAGCGCGGAGAAGCCCGGAGUUAGAUAAUAGUGAAUGAACGGACUGCAAAGCCCGAGGGAUGGGAGAUGCCCUGGCGUGAUCUCUCCGGCAGGUUAUAACUGAGUAGCCCUUAUGACCAACAUGAGCUGGAGUUUUCUAACCCGCCUGCUAGAAGAGAUUCACAAUCACUCCACCUUCGUGGGGAAGGUCUGGCUCACCGUGCUGAUCGUAUUCCGCAUCGUCUUGACAGCAGUUGGAGGAGAGUCCAUCUACUCCGAUGAGCAGAGUAAGUUCACCUGUAACACCAAGCAGCCCGGCUGUGACAACGUCUGCUACGAUGCCUUUGCGCCGCUAUCACACGUCAGGUUCUGGGUCUUCCAGAUCAUCAUGAUAUCCACCCCUUCGGUCAUGUACCUGGGCUAUGCCAUCCACAGGAUUGCCAGGUCCUCGGAAGAGGAGAAGAAGUUCAAAGGGUUCAAGAAGAAGAAGCAGUUUGCUUUGAAUUGGCAAGCGGUGCGCAACCUCGAGGACCCGAUGGAGGCAGAUGAAGAGGAGCCCAUGAUCUCUGACGAUACAGCAGAAAAUGAAAAAGACAAAGCCAAGCCCAAAAGCAAAGAACAGCAGAAGCACGAUGGGAGAAGGCGCAUCCAGCAAGAAGGACUGAUGAAAAUCUAUGUCUUCCAGCUACUUGCCAGAGCUUCAUUUGAAGUUUGCUUCUUGGUAGGGCAGUAUCUUCUGUAUGGUUUUGAAGUUGAAGCUUAUUAUGUCUGCAACAGAGUCCCUUGCCCUCACACUGUGGACUGCUUUGUGUCCAGGCCAACAGAGAAGACGAUCUUUCUCCUGGUGAUGUAUGUUGUGAGCUGUCUGUGCUUAUUGCUCAACAUGUGUGAGAUGUUUCAUCUGGGAUUUGGGACUAUCCGAGACGCCAUUCGUAACCGAAAAAUCAACAGUUUUAGGCAGCCUCCCUACAACUACGCCUACCCAAAGAACAUCUCCUGCCCUCCUGAGUAUAACCUGGUAGUGAAAUCAGAGAAGUCCACCAAGAUCCCCAAUAGCCUGAUGGCCCAUGAGCAGAACUUGGCUAAUGUCGCUCAGGAGCAGCAGUGCACAAGCCCAGAUGAGAAUAUCCCAGCAGACUUGUCCACCCUUCACAAACACUUGCGAGUGGCCCAGGAGCAAUUAGACAUAGCGUUUCAGAGCUACAGCAGCACCCAACCCAACACACAGCCUUCCCGAACCAGCAGUCCCGCCUCGGGUGGUACAGUGGUAGAGCAGAACAGGGCCAACACCGCCCAGGAGAAACAAGGUGCUAAACCCAAAGCCUGCUCAGAGAAAGGAAGCUCAAGCAGCAAAGACGGAAAGACAUCUGUAUGGAUAUAGCUUGUUUAAAAGGAGAGGGCAGUGUAAGUGGGGUUUUUAUUUGUUUCUCUUUUUCAGUAUUGUCUUGAGUUCGUUUCACAAGGCACAGGCACAAUUUUUAUAUGGAAGUCAGCAGUGAAAAGGAGUUUCAGACCAAUUUAGUGUUGUCUUCUAGUACAUUAACAAGAGACAUUUCCUUUCCAUUUCCAAGCCGUUCUCCGGCUGGGAACCUCCAGCGAGCAAUAGCAAGGGUCGGAGCCUUCGCAUAUCCGACCCAUUCGGUCAUUGCCGUGUCCCCCAACAGGACUGGACAACGCACUGCGAUGGGGAGAGGAGCUGCUGGUCUUUCAGAAGAGAAGUCACCCUUAGAGUGAUCAACUCCUCCCCUGCAGUGUGAGGAUAGUGUACUGUAGGUUAGGGAAUGUUUAAUUACUAAAUAUCCUUAAUCAAAAUUAAUUUCCGAUCCCUUGAUUAAAAGGGAAAACAGCUGACACAUUGCGUGAGCUUUCAUGACACACUUACGGCUAAUUUCCUGUCCGAAUCCGUAGCUGCAUUAGCAGGCAUCAUUGGAAACGAACGCAACGGGGAUUUGUGCUUUGCGUUGUAACCUGGCACGCACGUCAGGUUAUGGGGGCAGAAACGCAGUGACUGUACCUGCACAGGCAGAGCAUAGCACUGCGCUCAAGGUUUUAUUUUUUUUUCUUCCUCCACAUUGAAACAAAAAUCAAAUAUGAUCAAACGCUCCAUAGCAGGAGUUUGCAGUGGAACUGCAAUGUCGUGGUUUCUGGGUAGCCCUUGCUGCAGAUGUGAUGGGGAUCAUUGAACUUAAAGCAUUUUUUAAAAAAUUGCUACUUCACAUCAUUAGAAAGUGCCUUUAUGUAACCAAGAAAACAAAACUGUAAAGGGUUUGGACAUCUUUAUUUGCUAAAUUUUAGUAGAGAUUGGAGGAUCAGUGCUGAAAGAUUUGUUUUUCUGCUUAAUCAAACCCUUAUAAAUAGUGGCAGAGCACAGAUCUAUGCAUAGUGUCUAUAUGGUGCGUGUCUGCGUGAACAUGUAAGUAUAUAUAUAUGGACACAUAUGGACAUGUCAGUGUGAAUAUAUAUAUUUGUGUGUGUGACUGUGUGUGUAUAUAUAUGUGUGUAUAUACAUACAUACAUAUAAACAUAAUAUCAACCUGCUGGAAAUUUACAGCCUCCUUCCACCUUCACUCGGUAAACUCGGCUGAUCCAGAACGACGGCUGAUCCUCCUCCUGGAGCAGCCCUCAGGUACAGGUUCACCUGGGGAAUUUGCAACUUUUCACAUUCUUGCUUGGGGCACCCAGCAGAAGAUCAGUGGGGACAGGACCGAGGCCAGUAACAAGUUUUUCCCUAGCUUAUGAGACUUUUUUUUGGUCUUGUUUUGGAUUUUUUUGCAGGAGGGAAGGGUUGCAGUUACGAGAGUUUGGGGCCAUGUUAAAAAAAGCUUCCGAGCUCCAAGGCUCCUGCUAGGCUCCUGUGAAUAUACUUUGUCAGGGUAGUUUCACUCCGUGUUUCUUGUACAACUAUGGGCCUGUGGCUUUGUCACCAUCCAGUAAGACAAAGUGGGAAAAAAAACCUACUAUAAAGUUAUAUAUAGUUAUAUAUAUAGUUUUGUUGGCUUGAGGAAAAGACCAUCUGCUGUCAAAUGGUACAGGCUGAAAUCAGUUACUGCACUGUGAUCUGCUGCAUCUCAGAGUGGGUCAAAUCCUUCAGAGAGCAGAGAUCUUCCUGAGAUGCCUGUGGCUUGGCAGAUGCUCUCACAGCCUCCCAGGAGCCAAACAGUUGAUUCACCACCCUGGAGAAAAUAAAUAGGCAGAACAAAUUUAACAUGAAAUGAGUAAAUCCCCAUUUUAAGAGCAAACUUGACAUGAAAUGAGUAAAUCUCCGUUGAAGGGCAGCACGGCCCAUAUGCUGAAAUGCACUUGCUGCUUCCUCAGGGCGCUGCAAGCCAAAUGAAGUCACACACAGGCCCCCGUGCCAGUAUUUCUUUACCACUGGACCUGUGUUACUGCUUGCUAAUUGUCUUCCUCAUGUCCUUGAGAUCAAAAGUCUCCAGGUUGCCUGUGUCAGGCCCAUAGGCCACGUGGAUACACCUGAGUAUGACCUUCAGCACCUGGUAACACCAAUAAAUCUGUGCAAUGCCAUUAGAAAAUAGUGCUGGUGGUAAAAAUGUAGGUUUAAGAAUAAAUCAAAAAAAAAAAAAAAAAAAAAAUCCAGUGAGGUAUUCAUCUGCAAAUCUUCAAUACGGUUUUGCUUAACAGUCUGGGGAAUACAUUGAGGCUUGGUCCUGGUCCCACCGAAGGCAUUGAUAAAAUGCCUGGAGCAGUCUGCUCCUUGUUACUAAAGAUCUUCCGCUUGAAUACAAUCCACUGGAUCCAGGAGGAGGAUCAGUGAAUCUCCCCAGCAGGAAUGGUCAGUGGUAACCCACAUCCAUCACCUACAGGCAUGGCCUAUAUGCCACAUAUUUUGCACAGGCUCCUAAAGUUUGUAGCACGGUGAUGGGGAGAGAAACAUAUCUGACUGCUCUGCAGGACUGCGCUGCUACUCCUUGUCCCAUCGGACAGUUCUGUGUGGAAAUCCAUCCUUCUCCGUGGCUUGGGCAAUGCAGGGGAAAUGGUGGUGGUGAUAGAGCCACCCAGCACCCAGGUCCACAGCCCAGCUAGGGAGGAGAGUAGACAUCCUGCUGGGUAGUGAUUUGCACCCUAGUAAGGCUGUCCAGGGCACAAGCUUGCACAAGACGUUCAUGUGAAUCCUGCUUAUUUUCUACCCCCUCUACAGAAACAGCAUGUAUUUAAAGCUGUGAUCCCAAGGGAGGGAUGGACACACUGAGAGUCACGGUUGCUGUGCGGGGUUUUCUCAAUUCCUUCGGGAUGACUAGCAAUAUCACGGUCCCGGCAAAACUUGUCCUUCCCAUGCAGUGCAGGCAGGCUCUGUGCUCGGUGAGAGCCCUGAUUUUGGAUUUCUCCUGCCCAAAAUAGCAAAACCUUCCUCAGCCCAAGGCAUGGCUUGAGCAUUUCCUGAUGACUCAGAUUGGUCCCUUGGCUCCUGUUGACCUGCAGAUUCACAAGCAAGUCAUCAAAUGUAGGGACACUAGUACCUCUCAUGCUCUUGCUUCUGGGAACUGUCCUGCCUCACUGUGAGGAAAUGAGGAGCAGAUUUUGAUCCAGAAGUGCCAGAGCCUAACCACAGGGCAACCCUAAUGGCUAACAUGAAUAUCCCCUGAUGCAGCCCUUGACUUUGGCCCUCAGCAGACAUGGAGAACAGCUUAUUUCCUUUGUCUGUGCAGAGAUCUUUGGGUAUUUGAACAUUAUUUUCAUAUCCCUCGAGUCUGCUUUAAGCUGAACUCCUGUCCCUUCAACCUUUCUCCAAGAGCUGUGUUUCCAGUGUGGUUUUCAUCGCUGUCUUUGAACCACCACCAGCCAGUCCAUGCCUUUGUAGAAGUGGAGGGUGCUGGUGGCAGCGCUGCUGCAGAGCUGGCCUUGGCGUCACCUUCCCAGCCUGCUCUUCUUCAUGCCUCUUCCAUUAAGCUUCUUCUUCUGCCUCUUCCAAACAGCUUGGUCCUCCCUGAUGCCCCUGUUCCUGCAGACCUGGGGCUAGCCCCCCUCUGCAGAUUUACGUGUUUGCAGCUGGCAUCUUCCUGCCCUCACUCUGCACUUGUCCCCCCACCUGCCUUUUUUUGCUUUCCCACUGUGAUCCAGUUUGCCAAGAGGAUUUUGAACAACCAGCCAAUCUGCAGCAAAUUUGCAGCCUCUUCCUGCCGGGUGUCACCAUUACAUUUAAUAUGCACACACUGUUUUCCAUAGUGGCAGUCAAUAAUUGCAAUAUUGAUGAGUGCUAGAGCCAGGACAGACACUUGUGCAAUCAAUACAACAUUCUCAUCUGGCAGGGAGAGAGACAGGACAACCACUCUUCCUGCCAUUCUUCCAGUUCUGCUCAUCUGUCAGGCUUGAAACAACUUUAGUGUAUAAAAUGCUUUGCACUGGGGUUGGUUCAGGUUUGUCUCAGUUUCCUCCCUGUGAAAUGGGGACGAUCUUGCUUCUUUCCCAUUUUUUCCAAGUGCUUAGAUAUGUUCUUGGCAGAACUGCUCCAGUGUCCACCAGCCUGGUCUGAGCAGCACUGGGGAAUGCACGGUCACCUGCCACAUCCUGGUGAGCCUGGCUUGCUCUUCUGACACUGAGGAGAAGCGACCCUUGUUCUUCCACAUCCCACUCAAGCAGCCCACAGGAGCCAGCACAAGGCAGAUGGCUCUGAAAAUAUAAAGAUUAUUAUACGUGUCGAGUUGGGUUACUAUUAUAUAUGUGGAGCGGCUCACUUGCUCUAUUCCUCCUCCACUUCUUGACCUAUAAAGCCUUUAGGAUAUUGUGUCCUUCCACAGUCACUGCCACAAAGGUGUGACGAUUGCGCUUUAAUGCCUUUGCAGGAAUGACUCCAUUCAGGACAAUAAGAGAGGUCGCAUCUUUAUCGUAUCUGUUUGGGAAGGAAAAGGAGAGGGAGGCAACAUAAACACAACCACAAGCAGAACCCCCAUCACAAACAUCCCAAAUGAAGCUGACUGCUCAAGGAAUUUCAAUUAAACAGCAGGCAGCAUCAGCCAGGGAAGAAAUGCUAGCAAUAUAAUUAAUGCUUUGCUUCUUUUACAAGUUUGUAAUCCUCUUCACGGAUGAGACGGGUUUAGUUUUGUAGCUGAACUAAUCAUAAAUGUUGACUCUUUCAAUAAACUUUGCUGGAUAAAGUGCCCACCCUUACAUUUCUACUAUUACCAUUCAGGGCCAGGAAUGUCCCCAGUAAAAGCCAGAUUACCUUGUUGCUUGCAUUGCAUUCCUCUGGGAAAUACUUGAACUUAACUCAAGGCCAUAACCAGUCUGUGCUAUUAUGAAGUUUCUGGGAUUGGGCUUUUUUUUGUUUGUUUGUUCAUUUUUUAUGUACUAACUGUAUUUGUACUAGAAAAUUUUGGAGUAUGAGAUUGAAUCUGUAAGCAUUCUUCAGUGUAAAUGUUACAUCUGGACUGUAGUUAGAAUAUUAAACAUUGAUCAAAAGACAAAGAUACAUCAAUCCAACUCUGACUGACUCUUCCAUGUCCGUUACUAAUAAAAUGGAAUAAAAUUUACGUUUUUGUUACAA